GACUACUACUACCGGAUCCGCGGCGGCUGGGUGAAGCCCAAAGAGGAGGAGGAGGAGAGGAAGAAAGGAUGGCGAUGAGACCCGCGGGUGGCUCUGGUAACCCACCACCGGUGUCUGCCGAGCCCGGGCUGUAGGGACUGGGGGCGGGGGGGGCGGAGGCGGAGGCGGAGGUCCAGUUUGCCCCCAGUUGAGAAAAGUUCCGCGACUGAGUACAAUGGUGAUAAAUGGGUCCCACCUGAACAGCUCCUCGCCGGACCCCAGCGACUCCGUCCUGAACCGCCCGCCGUGGGUGACCACAACUCUGGGCUGCUUCCUCAUCUUCACCAUCGUGGUGGACAUCCUGGGGAACCUGCUGGUCAUCUUCUCCGUCUACCGGAACAAGAAACUCAGAAACGCAGGGAACAUCUUCGUGGUGAGCCUGGCGGUGGCGGACCUGGUGGUGGCCAUCUACCCAUAUCCCCUGGUCCUCACCUCCAUCUUCCACAAUGGCUGGAACCUGGGCUACGUCCACUGCCAGAUCAGCGGCUUCCUCAUGGGUGUCAGCGUCAUCGGCUCCAUCUUCAACAUCACCGGCAUCGCCAUCAACAGAUACUGCUACAUCUGCCACAGCCUCAAGUACGACAAGCUGUACAGCGACAAGAACUCCGUCUGCUAUGUGAUGCUCAUCUGGGCGCUGACUGUCGUGGCCAUCGUGCCCAACCUGUUUGUGGGCUCGCUGCAGUACGACCCCCGGGUUUACUCCUGUACCUUCGAGCAGUCGGCCAGCUCGGCGUACACGAUCGCCGUGGUUUUCUUUCACUUCAUCUUGCCCAUCAUGAUUGUCACCUACUGCUACCUGCGCAUCUGGAUUCUGGUCAUACAGGUGCGGCGGCGGGUCAAGCCGGACAAUCGGCCCAAGCUGACGCCGCACGACGUCAGGAACUUCGUCACCAUGUUCGUGGUGUUCGUGCUCUUCGCCGUCUGCUGGGCGCCGCUCAACUUCAUCGGACUGGCGGUGGCCAUCAAACCGGAGGUGGUGAUCCCCCUCAUCCCCGAGUGGUUAUUCGUGGCCAGCUACUUCAUGGCCUACUUCAACAGCUGCCUUAAUGCCAUAGUGUACGGUGUGCUGAACCAGAACUUCCGGCGUGAGUACAAGCGUAUUGUAGUGUCAGUGUGUACCGCUCGCAUCUUCUUCCAGGACAGCUCCAACGACGCGGGGGAGAGGCUCAAGAGCAAACCGUCUCCGCUCAUGACCAACAACAACCAAGUGAAGGUGGACUCGGUUUAAAAGAAAAAGAGAAAAAAAGAAAAAAAACUCAUACAUAAACAUAAAUGCCGUUACUGAGAGUUAAAAAAUAAAUGGUGAGAAAAAUACCAAAUAUAAAUCCAAAACAACGUCGACCCUCUGAGCUGUCUGAACUGUCAAACGGUGCUAUCUGACCUCUGAACAAUCACAGUAAGAGCAGGGGUGCGUAUUAUCUUUGUCUUUUAUCAAGCACUUUUGGCUGCAGUAUCUGUAGUACCGUAAAUAUAUGAUGUACGUUUUGUUUCUAUGUUUACAGUGAUGAUAUACAUGUAUUAUGCAUUAUAUAAGUAUUUAUUUUGUAUGCCAUGUCAUGUAGAUAUAUAGUGAGAUAUAUCAGGUUCCAGUAAAAAUGAAAGUAACAUUUUAUGAGGCCAACAAAUUAAAAAGAAAGUUUAUACCCAACUUGGUUGAAAAUAUAACCACAAGUUUAUAAAGUAAGUUAACCAAUUUUAAUAACCUCAUUUGUGACACUGUAUCACUAACUGAGUACAAGCAAUGUGGGUUGCUGCUGUCUUAUUAUACCCUACAGUAUUGUCCCUUUCAUUAGGUGGAAUAUAUAUUUUAGUAAAAAAAGAUUUUCUCUCUCUCUCUCUCUCGCUCUUUCUAUCUAUCUAUCUCGACCACCUCGUGAGCUCAUUAUACUGUAUGCAUGGAUAUCAGGAAAUGUUCAUAUGCAAAAUAAAAGCCGACGUUGAUGGAA